AUGAGUAUAAAAAGUAAAAUAGAUAUGAGUUUAGAUGAACUCAUAGAAAAAGAAAACAUAAAAGUUAAUUUGAAAUCUUCAAAUGAAAAAAAGACUGUAAAUAAAUUUAUAGAAAAAAAUACAGGUCAGAAGUAUUUACAUAGUAUAAUUAUAUCUAAUGUUAACAGCAAAAAUUUAGAAUUAUAUAAAAAAGAAUUUAGCAAAUUUGGGAAAAUAUAUAAUAUAUUUCACGAUAAUGAUAAAAAAAUUACGUAUGUAAAAUAUGAUAAUAAAAAUUCAUGUGAUAAUGCUAUAAGUACUAUGAAUAAUAAAACAUUAGAUGGGGAUACAAUUACAAUUGUUUUGGGUAAAAAGAUAUUGGAUAAAAAGAAUGGAAAGAAUAUGAAUCAAAAUAAUAAUAUUAUUAAUAAUAAUAUAAAUAAUAAUAAAAUAAUUCCACCUUAUAAAGUCCCUAUCUAUAAUCCUAAUACAUAUCCAUAUUAUGUAAAUAAUUAUACCCCUUAUAAUAAUAUGCCAUACCCAAAUACAUACCAAAAUAAUUUUUUUGAAAAAAAUAUUACACCUUAUAAUAAUAACAAUAAAAAUAUUUAUGAAACACACAAAAAUAAUACCAUAAUAGUAACAAAUGUUCCCACUUAUUUAAACGCUGAAGAUAUUUUUUCAGCUUUUCAAGAAACUGGAAAAAUUGUUGAUGUACAAAUACUCAUGAAUGAAAAAAGAAAAUUAACAGGAAUUGUAAGCAUCGAAUAUGAAAAAAAUGAAGCAGCAUCUGAUGCAGUACGAAUGUAUGAUGGUGGUUUUUUAAAUGAUAACAGAAUUAGAGUGUUUUUAGAUUGUCGUUAA